AUGGCUGCCCAGCGCUUGCGCGACCAAGUCGAGGCCGUCGGGCGAUUGCUCGAGGCAGUGCAAGGGCAGCCCUGUUUCGAUACGGUGGCGGCCGCGCAGGAAAGGAUGCUCGUGCAGGCUUUCGGGAGCGCGAGGCUGCAGCCCACGCAGGUGACAACCCUCUCGUCUCUCGUCGCAGCGCAACCCUGGUCCGAGGUUUCCAAGGGGAGGCUGUUGGAGAAGCUCGGCAGCAUCGUGGCUUCUGGCAGCGCCGUGGGUUUGCGAAUGGCUCAGCAGGAUUAUGAGUGCAUCUUCGGGUACCUGACAGCGGGCUCGUGGCACCAGUUGGCGCGGACCGACGUGCCCGAGGAAGCGAAGCUCAACGUGCUGGUUGAUGUUGCGAUUAGCUUAAGUCUUCGCAACCCGACCGAAGGCACGUAUCAUAUGUUGACGGCGAUGUGGCGCAUGGCCGUGGACGGAGCCGAGGCCGCGAAGAAUUUGGCGCGGGCUGCAAAGUACUCGUACCUCCAGCAGACCAAGCGCGUGUUCAAGCGCCAGGUUUCGAGGCUUCCUGCGCCCCCCGUUCGGCUGACCGAGCUGCCUACGUCCCCCUCGACGUUCUGCGGGAACCACCCUGACUUCUUCAAGCAAGUGUAUGGCGACGAGUUGCCAGCUGCAUGCCCCGCGCCAGAAGCCGCGAUUCGCUCCGUCCAGGCUACGUACCCAUGCCGCAACACAAAGCAGCAGGCCACGGGGGCGCAGAUGAUGAGCGCCUCGGCGUCGCAGCCCGACGUUUUGCAGAUGAUGCAGCUCAUGUUCGAUAACUUGCGGCGGGCGGACGUCGGCGCUCAGACGGGCCCUUUGAACCUCAAAAUCCUGGGAGGCGGCGCGAAACGUGCCGCGGCCUCGGCGUUCGCAGCCGUGGAG